AUGGUCCACGCAACUAAAGAAAAGGAAAAUUCAACAGUACAAGUUGCACCUUUCAUAAAUGCCCUUCGAAUAAAGCCUCUCACAGCCGAUGAUCUGGUCAACCUCCCAUCUCGGUUUCAAAGAAAUGUUCUUUCCACAACAGAAUUUGCUCCAAAUCAAGUUAUAGUACAUGGAGAAAAGAAACAAACAUGGACAUUCGACAAGGUUUUUGGCCCUGAAUCGUCACAAAAAGACAUUUAUGAACAAACAGUCAAAAGCAUGGUAGAUAAAUUUUUAGAAGGUUUCAAUGUAACCAUUCUAGCAUAUGGUCAAACUUCAUCGGGUAAGACAUAUACAAUGGGUACAUCAAAUGAAUAUUCCCAAUUAUCAGAAACAAAGGGUAUAAUACCAAGAUCCAUGGCUACUUUAUUCUCUUACGUCAAUUCGACGCAAUUUAAGAGCCGCAAAUUUGUCAUAAAAGUUUCAUUCGUGGAAAUAUAUAAUGAAGACUUGAUAGAUCUUCUUGCCGAAGGGGAUUAUGAGAGCAGACCAUCGGUGACGAUACGGGAGGAUUCGAAAGGCAAUAUGAUCUGGAGUGGAUUACAAGAAAUUAAAGUAAACAGUAUAGAAGAAGUCAUGAGGCAUUUAAUGAGUGGUUCGAUGAACCGACAAGUAGGCGCGACCGAAAUGAAUUCUCAAUCAUCUCGAUCACAUGCUAUUUUUUCGGUUACGCUAUCGCAACAAAAAUUUGUCACUGACUUUAGAACAAAAAAGAAUGAAGAAGAAGGAGAUUGGGUUACGGUGACCAGUAAAUUUCAUUUCGUCGAUUUAGCUGGUAGUGAAAGGCUUAAACGAACUUCGGCAACAGGGGAUCGUGUGAAAGAAGGUAUAUCUAUCAACUCUGGCCUUCUUGCAUUAGGUAAUGUUAUAUCUGCUUUGGGUGACCCAGCAAAAGCAAAAAACACUAUGCAUAUUCCAUACCGAGAUUCAAAACUCACUCGAUUAUUGCAAGAUUCUCUUGGUGGAAAUGCAAAAACAUUGAUGAUUGCAUGUGUUUCUCCGGUAGAAUACAAUAUUAAUGAGACGAUCAGCACACUUAAAUAUGCAAAUAGAGCUCGUAACAUAAAAAACACUGCCAUCGUUAACCAGGAAGAAACAGGAUGGCAGGAUAUUGAAUAUUUACAAACUUUAGUUCUAAAACUUCGUGCUGAAAUUAAAACUUUGAAAAAUUCUGAUGGGCUUAAUUCUCCAAUUUCACCAAAUUCACCAUCGUUUCAAUCAGAUGCUGCAGAUUUACAUCAAAAUUAUUUUGGUUCCGAAACAAUUUCGAAUUUAACUACUGAUUCGACCUCAGAAGAAAAUAAGGACAUUCAAGUACUUGAAGAACAGUUAAUAGAGCUUCAAAAUUUAUAUAAUGAUAUGUCUAAGAAGUAUGAACAGGCUUCCGCAUCUCUUAACAUGUGCAAAAAUAGUGAUGGCACAGAAAAAUCUUUAUUUACUAACGGUCAAAAUACAAUACCAAAUCAAGAGGUUUUAAAAUCAAUGACUUCAAAUUAUGAAAACUCUAUUAUUGAAUUCGAGAAGGAACUUGCUGCCGUACGAGAGGCAGUACGCAAUGCUGAAAUGCUUGUUCGCGAACAAGAGAUGAAAGUGUUGGAUGCAGAAGACCUUAAUAAUCAAGAUGUAAGAUUAAUAAACGAUCUAAAAAAUAAUAUUUCAAAUCGUGAAGAAAGGAAAAAAACCACUGAGGAAUAUAUUAAAGAUCUAGAAGCUAGACUGAAUGCACGUGAAAGCGAGCAAAAAAAGGAUCAGGAUAUAAUUAAUGAGCUUAGAGAAAGAUUAGUUCAUGUUCAGUCAGCAGGAGACGACACUGAAAAGAUAGUCAAAAACAUUGAGUUAAAAUUGAAAGAAAGUGAAUUAAAUUUUCAAAAAAUCAAUAAGAAUGCUCAAAAAUUGGAAAAAGCUUUACACGACGCAUGUGAUGCUUAUCUUAAACUUGAGACGCGAUAUAAAAAAGAUAGAGCUAACGAAGAAGAUGAUCUAAAUCUCUUUUUGGAAGAAAUUCAAGAUCGAGAUGAGAGAAUUUCACAACUUGAUAAAAAAGCUGAAGAGCUUGUUGAAGAGCUUGAACAGAUGAAAAGGCUUAAAACAGAAGCUGAUAGACAUUCUCUGAAACGACGACAAUCCACGUCGACAUUUUCUUCUCUCACUGAUCUUGAAACACCAAUAACUUCUACACCACUUGGAGAUUAUUAUACUACCUCUCAACUUGAAUUACAAAUAUAUGAAUUACAACAAAUACAAGAAAGGACAAUGUCCGAAUUUUUAGAUAUUAAGCAAAAAUAUCAAUAUAGCCUUGAUAAAUUAAGUGAACUUAAUAAACAAACAAGAAAUCGCUCUUCUCAUAGAAAAUCAUUAUCAAUAUCUAAUGAAACAAUAGACGAGUUAUCAAACAAUGCAUUAAUACAAAAGUUACAAACUGAACUUCGACAAUUAGAAAUGUUUCAUGCUGAUAAGGCACGAGGUCUCGAUGCUGUAAAACAAGAAUUUGCUCGACUUGAAAUUAAUCAUCUUAAUACACUUGAGAUUGUCGAAGAAUUAAGUGAAGAAAUAAAAAGAAGAGAUGCGAUGGCACAAAAUGAAGUUAUGUCUGUUAUGAAUUCGGAUCAUAUUUAUUUUGAUUCUGGAGAUUUCUCUACCGUCACUAGUGAGAUUGACAAACAGGAAAUAAUAAAUAGAUUGAGAGAAGAGGUUGAACAGCUUAAAGAAGAUCAGAAGAAAAUUUUGGACAAUUUAGAUACAAAUCAAGGAGGUUAUAAAAGUGAUAAAGUUUUGGAAGUUGAAAUGAAAAUCAGCGAAAUAAAAACCGAAAUGAGUAAUGUUAUUUCUGAACAUUCCAAAAAGAUGGCAGCUAAUCCGGAUGAUGAAUCUCUUAAUGCAACGUUCUCUAGGUUAAGAGAGCUUGAAGAACUUUUGAUAAAAGCAUUCGAAGAUAAGAGAAAGGCCAGAGUCAUUGAUGCUAUUUCAUGUUUGGAUGCUGAUACGCAUUUACAACCAGAGCUUAAUGAUGAAAUGUUAGAAAUGAGAAUGCAAAUUAACAAACUUGAUAUUGAAAUUGAAUCAAAGAGUCAUACAAUAGCAGCACUUUUGUUCCCAUCCAUCGAACAACAAAACGCAAUUCGGAAGCUUGAAGAUGAACUGCAGGAAGCUAGAGAAUCUUAUCAAGUAAUUGUGGAGAAAAAAAAUAAAUUAAAUUCAAUCUCUGAAGAAUCUGAUACACUUGAAAAACAACUCAAAACAUUGGAAGAAAAAAUGAAUAACUCUGAAGCUCAAAUAGCUAAGGCAAAAGAAUCUCAUCAUGUUCCAACUCCACGACGAAAUUCCUUGAUGUUGCUUUUGGAUACACCAACACAUAAAGCUAUUAAUAGUGUUGGAGAGAAACUUUCAAGCUUGCAAAAGGAACUUGCAACUAAAUUAGAAGCAACAGAAUCCUUGCAAGAGGAACAAGAAAUUGUUAUUGCCCUUCAAGAACAAUUAGAAUUUCUCAAAACAAACAUUCAACAAAAAAAUGAACUAAUUGACCAUUUAAAAGAAGACUUAGAAGACAAAUCAUCCCUUCAACAAAGAUUGAGAGAAAAGGAAGCAGAAGCGUUAUCAUUUAGAACAAAACUUAUGGACAUUCAAAAUAAAAUAAUUUAUUUUCAAAAUGAAAAAAAUGAACUCGGCAUGUGGCUUCAGAAGUUAGAAACCGGGGGUGAUAUAAAUAAAGAUAUUGAGAUUGAAUUGCGAGUUUUAAAAAAGGAAAUUAUACAUGUUCGUGAAAGAGAAGCAGCAGCAUUGGAACGGCUUCGAGUUCUCAAAUCAAGUAUAUCCACGGAAAAUGAAGAUACUCACCUUCAUGAAGAAUUGGAAAAUUUACGCAGUGUAGAGUGUGCCCAGCAAGAGAGAAUAAAUGAACUUGAAAGAAAAAUUGCUGAAAAAGGAGAUAGCGUUGAUGAAGAGAUUGUAAAAGUGAGGACUGAAUUAGCAAUAGUUAGGAAGGCUCAAGAAAAACAAAGUAACGUAAUCGAAACACUCGAACAGAAAUUAAAAAUUGCAGAAGACAAAUCAUAUGUAGCUGCAAUCAAGCAAGAAAUUAAUGACUUAAAAACACGAGAAACUGAGAAUUUAAAGAAAAUACAAUCUUUAGAAUCAGAAUUACGUGAAUCGACUAUCCAAGAUAUGCAGCAAGUUGACAAAUUGAAUGAAGAGAUUAAAAAGUUACGUGGUCAUAAACGAGAACAACGUAAACAGAUGGAAUUUCUUCAAAAUCGGUUAGAAUUGGCAGAAGAUGAAAAUCCAGAUAUAUUAUCUUUAAGAAGUCAAAUAUCCGCGUCCAAAGCUUCUGAAGCAGAACUCCAAAAAAAAGUUAAUGAUUUGGAAGCUAAAUUCGCAACUGUUCAGAAAGAAGCGAAAAUUUUUGAAAUGGUAAAAGAGGAGGUCGCUAUUAAAGAGUUAUCAACAAUGAAAGGUGGAUCUGACCUUCAAAAGAGACUUGCUAUAUCUUUAGAAGAAGAAAUGAAAAGAUUAAGACGGGAAUUAGAACUUGCUAAAAACGAUACUAAUUCAUCAUCUGAGAAAUACGAAGAACUUACAAACUCAUUGAGCACCACUCAUAAACAAUAUGAAGAGUCAUUAAAACGAAUAAAAAUUUUGGAAGGUGAAGUUGAAUCGUUCGAGAAUAAUGGAGUCGCAAGCGAUGAAAAAGUUGCAACUGUGAGGACUGAGUUGGUUAAUGCAAAACUUGAGAUAAUGGCACAAAAUGAAAUGGUAAUUAGCUUAGACUCACAAAUAGUAAGUGUUGAGAAAGAACGCGAUCAGAACGCGCAACGAGCUAAAGAGUUAGUGAACAUACUUGAUGAAAGAGAGAUUAAUCAAAAAGAUGCUAUCAGAGCACUUGAAUCUACGUUAACAAAUUUUGAAUCCAAAAUUCUUGAAAUGAAAGUUGAACCAGAUGUAAACAAUGAAACUAUCGUACUUAUGGAUGAAAAACUUGGGGUUGUUCGAACGCAACUUAAAGAAACGAAGACCAUAGAUGAAAAGCGCAUCAAGAUGCUCAAUGGAUUAGAAAACGAAUUAAAAGUAUUGACAAAAUUGGUGGUGUCAGAUGAACAAGAAUUUAUGAAUCAAGAUUAUAAUACUGUGAAUCUAAAUUCUAUUAUACAAUCUCUAGAAACUGAAUUGCAAAUGGCGCACUUAUCAAAGACGAAUUCCUCUGCACGCAUAAGACAGUUAGAAGCCUUACUUGCAGAAGCGAAUUUAAAGCGUGAAUGCAAUGCUACAUCAUCUAUUAAUCUUGAAACAUUAAAUGCAGAACUUCAAAAAGCUAAAGAAACUGAAGUUCAAUAUCGACAACAGGUCAAAAGUUUAAAAUCUAAGAUUCGAGAUGCCAAACAACGUCGGAAUGCGGAGCAUGCUAAUCUUAAAGAUAUUACAAACAAUAUAUAUUCUCUUAGGGCACAAAGUACUUUGAUGCAAAAUGAAUUAGAUGAUAUUAAAUAUAAUUCUGUUCUUGAUUGUUACGAUAGUAUAGAUGAUGAAACUGUCGAAAAUAUUAUUAAACAGUUAAAACAAACUCAUAAAGUGGCUAAAGAAAAAAUAAAUCGUGUCAUUGAAUUGGAAAAGAUUUCACAUCAAUUAGAAUCUGACAAAAUUAAUCAAUGUGAACAUAAUGAAGAUCUUGAAGAAGAAUUAGAUCAACUUCAAAAGGAUAUUGAAACUCUGGCGGACGAAUUCGCAGAUGCGGCAUCAAAAUUUGAAGAUAGUGAUAAAAUAUGUAAGAAACAAAGGCGUAUAAUUGCUGAAUUGGAAGUUGCACUGGAAGGGGCCAAGAAUCCAAUCAAUAUUAGUGAAUUAGAAGGAUCCACAGACCCAGAGACAAAUAGAUUGGUGGUUUUAAAUAAAGAACUACGUCAAUCUCAUGAUCAAUUGAAUUCAAAAAUGUCCGAAGUCGAAAAAAAGGCUAAUUCACUAACAAAUAAAAUUAAAUCCCUGGAAACAGAACUUGUUCGACUUGAUGAAAAUGAUCAUGCUUUGACCAAAAAUCUAGAAAUUCAAAUCAAGCAACUUGAAUUCGAAAAGGAUAAAUUACAAGGGACAAAUGAAAUUAUUCUUGAAGAACGUGAAAUUCUGGAUAAACGAAUAACAUUUUUAAGAGAGCAAUUACGAAUGGAUGGAACUGAUGAAACAAAGACAGCCACACAAAUCAUUCAAUUAAAAGAAUUCGUUAGCAGUCUUAACAAACAAGUUUCUGAUAUCAAACAAAAAUCAGCAGAUAAAUCCAAAUCUAUGGAACAAGAAAUUAGCCAACUAUUGAAAAUUAAUGCUCAACUCGAGAGAGAAACCAAUCAAAUUGACGGAUCAAGUCCUAGCAAUAAUUCAAUAGGAAAUAAAAUCAUAAAUCAUGACUAUACUAUCGCAGAACAGAAUGACCUUAUAAAAUCUCUGCAAGAAAAGGUAAAUCAACUUCAAAUGCAAUCAUAUGAUAACUUUGAAGGACAAGAUAAUUAUAUGCCAGUAAAAUUAAAAAAGAAAGCCAUGCGCACAAAAUUAAUAACUACUGGAUACACACGACGACCUAGCGAAGAUUCAUCUAGAACACCAAGUCCAACUAUACCACCACCAAGAACACCAACCACACCGAGAAAUAUAUCAAAUAUCAGCUCUGAUCUUUCUGCUGAAUUCCAAAGACUUCUCAAAAAAGCAUCAAUUAUUGAAAAUGAAACUUCGGAAAGUAGAAAACAUGUAGAAUCAUUAGAAUCAAAUGUAGCUGAGGGGGAAACAAAUCUUUCGAUAGCCAAAGAUCAGUUAUCAAUCUUACAAAAAGAAAAACAUGAAUAUAUGGAGUUAAUUAAGAGCUUGAGCAAACAAUUGAAUGAAGCUCAAAUGCAAAUUGAAAACGCAAAAUAUAGUGUUAAAGAAGAACAAAAAGUUAUGGAAAAUAUUUUAGACGAAGAGAGAAAGGCUAAAGUUAAAGCCGAGAAAGCAAGAUUGGCACUUGAAACUCAAAUGGAACAAAUUAUGAAUAAGAAAAGAAGGUUUAUGUGUUUUUAA